AUGUCUCACCAGCAUUACAAUCCCACGGACUUGGCCUCUGUUCUUCAAACUCUCUCCGCAUUGUCCAAUCCAAUUCCCUCUCAACCAGAUCUCCCCGACGAUGACCCGUACGAACCAUCCGACUCGCUCUCUAUAUCAUCAUCAUCGCCUACCAUACCGCAACGGCCACCGGAGCCUUUCCCCAAUCGCUCAACUCUGCACCACAAGGCUCGUGCAAAUGCGGACUCAUCGACGGUGACCGUCGUCGAUACCUCGUCCGUCAGCACGUGGCCCGCUGCACUGCGACAUGUCAUGCGCCUCGUGUCACAGAGUGAAGACGUCCAGCGCCGGGUUCGCUGGCUGAUCCAACGACAGCAUGACCAUGAGAAACAAUGGUGGCGGGGAAGGGAGGCAUUGGUGAAGAAGCAGAAGGCUCGUGUCGAGAAGAAAAAGGAGAUGGAUGAGGUUUUACGCUCAGUGGGAGCGCCCGUCGACUCUACCAAACAAAUCUCGACCGUCGAAGAAGAUGAAGCCGAGUUGAAAAGGUACGAUGCCAAAGUAUACACUGCAUCGAAGCAGAUGGCAGAGGCAAUGGCGGCCGAACUGCGGGGUUUGCAAAUCCCUUUCUUUAGCAUCAAGCCGGCACUGGUCACCGACUCUUCGAACUCCGAUCCCAGCCCCCCAUCAAGCGAGACUCUCUCGCCAGAUGAGCUCUCCGCUCUUCAGCGUCGCAUGUUAGAAUUGCUGCAGGAUCUUUGUAAGGAGUAG